AUGCGACUACCUUUCCGCCGGCGCAAUGAUGCGCGUGGCCAGUCUUUCUCUCCGAUAUCACUUCUUCUCACCUUAACCUCAGUAGCGCUAUCACCCGCCACCGCGAUAUCGUUUACCCCCGCGCCCGUGACAAACCUUGACCUCAAGGACCUUGGUCGGGUAGCCCUUGCUGGCGACUUUUCCGGCAUAUCUCUCUUCCAGUUCGAGGAACAGAAUGAGCGACCUUUCAAGACAAAUGGCAGCCAGUCGCUUAUGGCACGCAUGCCCAACGGCAUUUUCGGCCCCGUUGUCACCACCGAUGCGACCAUCCUGACCAUGUGUAAUUUUGUGGAGGACAGUGGGAAAUCUGGACUCAUCAUCGCCGGAAACUUCACGAGCUUGCAACUGCCGACACACGGAAGCGAGAGUCCCACCAUUAAGGAGUCCAAAGCGAUAGCGCUGUUCGACCCAAACACAUCCAAGAUCGAGACGCUUUCAGGUCUAGAAGGUCAGGUCUAUGCUGUACUAUGUGACCGUGACACCAACUCGGUAUACGUGGGUGGAAGCUUCGAGGGGGAAACUUCUAGGAAUGCGAUCGCAUGGGUUGGGGGACAGGGAUGGACGGAACUGCCAUUUAAGGGGUUUAAUGGACCUGUCAACUCCAUAACGAAGGCAUCCAAUGGUCAUAUCAUUUGGGGUGGAACUUUCACAGGUCUGGGGAAUGCGACUGCGCCGACAGAGCGCGAUGGACAAGUCAUCAACCUCUCCACCGCCGACAUCUCGGCCGGCUCUUCGACAACCAGGGAGGAGUUCAGUGAUCCUAAGAACAUCGUGUGCAGCACUAGCGGAGCCGAUGGAACAGGCAAGACGUGGUUGUUGCAGGAGAACUCACCGGGAUUCUGGCAGGCAAAGUUUAGACACGGUUUCCGCCCGACGAAGCUUCGCCUUUACAACACCCACCAGGACGGCGCUGGAACGAAGACAUGGCGAUUCACUGCGCUCCCCAUCAACGGCAUCAUGAACAUGACCUAUGUUGACCCAGUCACGAAGAAGAACGCCACUUGCACGAGCGAGUGCCCACUGAGCAACGAUAAGGAUACCAAGUUCCAGGAAUUCCAUUUCGUCAACGUCAUCGGUAUGAACGAAUUUCGAAUCGAUAUCUCGGACUAUUACGGAAGCGGUGGAGGUUUGAACGGGAUCGAGCUCUUUGGAGACGAUAUUUAUUCGUACGCGAUCGAUGACUUCAACGAGCCUAGCUGCGCAAAUCUCGAGUUCAAGUCGUCUUCUACUAAAACAGGCCCUUGGAAGGUUACGCCUUCUCACCAGAGUACCGCCGAAUACCUGACUGCCCAGAUAUCUGCACCCAUUACCAAUACCUCAGCCAAGAUCGUUUUCUCGCCGGACAUCAGGGAAUCGGGCUUUUACACCGUCAACUUGUAUACGCCCGGUUGCAUCCAGGAUGACACAUGUGCGACCAGAGGACAGGUCCAGAUUACAGGUCAAAUGGUUGCCGACCGUACCAGGGAUGACUUCGAAACUCAAGUAUUUUACCAGACAAACAACUUCGACAAGUACGAUCAGAUUUACCGGGGCAACAUAGAUGCGAGCUCAUCAAGCUUCCGACCCCAGGUCACCUUGACACCACUUGCCGGCCAGAACUUGGCCAAUAUCACUCUUGUCGCCCAAAGCGUCAGUUUCACUUUGAUUAACAGUACAGGUGGCCUGAACGGUUUAUUUGAAUAUACGCCUGGCCGGCCAGUGAAUGUUAGCGACUUCACGGCCUCAGCUAUCAAUCGCCUUGGAUCGAGCUUCUCUGGUAAAUCUGCUGUCAACACUCUCGCCACCUCUGGCGAUGCCGUUUUUGUUGGAGGCAACUUCACCUCGCCAUCUGUUCAGCACGUCGUUGCCCUGAACACCAAGGACUCGACAAACAAGACAUUGGGUGGUGGACUCAACGGCGAGGUUGAAUCGAUGCUUUUGGAGGGUAACACGCUGUACGUUGGAGGAAGUUUUAACAGCACUUCCGAAAAGUCAGUAGACGGUCUCAACAAUGUGGCCGCCUACGAUACCGAGAAGAACGCAUGGAACACCCUCGGUGCUGGUGUUAACGGCAAGGUCAUGCGCGUUGUCGGGUUGACGAUGAACAUUACCGGGUCUACGCCAGAGUUUGUCGUCAGUGUCAACGGCGACUUUGACGAGUUGAAUGCCUUUGACAAGAACCCUGCUGUUUCCGUAACUGGUUUCGGCAUCUGGGUGCCUUCGCAGAAGAACUGGGUGCAAAACCUGGAUCUCCAGUUGGAGUCGAUUGAUGGUGUUCUCUCAACGUCCAUCCUUGAUCGCGCUGGAAACGGUUCCCUUUACGCCGGCUCGUUGAUUUCGUCCACGCUGGGUGUUAGGGGCAUUGCCGGCUUUGGAGAAAAGCUCACAGGUUUUCCCGUUAAGAUCCAAGCCCCCCCGAAGUCGCCCAGCUCCAGUUCGUUGACCAAGCGUGAUGGUUCGACAAGUGAUAGCAGUCUGCAAGGAGUUGUUACAGGCAUCUUUGACAAGGAGAACAAAAGGAAUCUUACCAUCCUCGGUGGUCAUUUCACUGCAACCGGUAGUGGAUCUGCGAUCAAUAACCUCCUUAUCAUGGACGGCAAAAAUAACGACGAAGUCUCUGGUCUUGGUGAUGGCAUCUCCCAGGAUUCCACCGUUAUGGCGUUGGCUGUGCAUAAUGAUAUCCUGUUUGCCGGUGGCAACAUUACCGGCACUGUCAACGGUAACGAGGUAAAGGCAUUGGUCACAUACAACCUUGCCAGCAAGUCGUUCAACUCUCAACCCCCGUCCCUCAAUGGUGGUGAAGUCACUGUCUCUUCCAUUGCUGUUCGUGACGGCACAGACGAUGUCUACGUUGGAGGAUCCUUUACACAGGCGGGCUCUCUCGAUUGUCCGGGCGUCUGCUUCUUCAGCACAUCUUCGUCGCAAUGGCUACAAGCUGGCCAAAACCUCGGAGGAACUGUCAACACCCUCCUGUGGGUCGAUAAGAACCUGCUCCUUGCCGGCGGCAACCUCACCAUCAACAACACCGCCUCAACCUACCUGGCCACUUACAACUCCAAGACCUUGGUGUGGGACGCUUACCCCGAUGCUGGCCAGCUCCCCGGACCAGUUGACGUUCUUACUGCCGGCACCAGCGACAAGAAGCAAAUCUGGGUAUCAGGAACCGCCUCCAACGGCUCGGUGUAUCUCAUGAAGUCCGAAAAGGAUGAUGGAUCAUCCUGGCAUUCCGUUGGCCAAACCUUACAGUCCGGCACUAAGAUCCGUGGUCUCCAGAUCUUUCACCUCAGCAAGUCUCAUGACAAGCACGCUCUCGUCGACGACAAGGAGGCCCUCAUGCUCACCGGCCACAUCGUCCUGCCUGAUUUUGGCUCAGCCUCUGGCGUUCUCUUCGACGGAGCGAACUUCAAGCCAUUUGCUCUGACCACCAACUCCGGCAACGCUCCAGGCUCACUUGCCGCCGUCUUUUCCGAGAAGCAGAACUUCUUCGGCAAGGAUGGCAAGCACCUGCCACUGGUGUUUGUCGUUCUCAUCGGUCUCGGCAUCUCGCUGGCCCUCAUGCUCCUCAUCGUCGUGGCCGGUUUGAUCCUCGACAGAAUCCGCAAGAAGCGCGAGGGUUACGUGCCUGCCCCGACGUCCAUGUAUGACCGUGGCAGCGGCAUCCAGAGGAUACCACCUCAUGAGCUGCUGGAGGGGCUAAGUAAAAGUCGAUCUGGUGCGCCCCCAGAUGUAAACCGACAUAGGGGGGCACAGGGUGUGGAGGAUAAAAUGGGCUUUCGGUAA